GAAAUCCUGAGAUAAAAGAAUUAUUUGAAUUUCUUUAUCCACUAAUUAAAUUACCUUCACGACAAGAUCUUGGUGGUCGAAUUUUAGCAGAGUCAGCAUAUAAAAUAACAAAAUCUAUUAAAAAUUUAGCACAGCAAGACAAAAAUGCAGAAAACAUAUCAGGAGAAUGUACAAAAUGGUUAAAUGUGCAAUAUCGAACUGAAAAAAUACUUGAUGAUUUAAAAAAUAAAGAAAUUAAAGUUAAUGCUGUUAUAAUAGAUUGUGGCUCUAAAUAUGAAGCUGCCAGUCAUUAUUUGUGUUUUGCUAGUAUUAUUAAAACUCGUGCUGCUCUUAAAAAUUUAGCUACCAAAAUUGAAGAGGGUGUUGAUGAAAAUUUUAAAGAUUUUCCUGAAGAUAUUUUUCUUAAUAUUUCAAACAAUGA